ACCAUACGCCGUACUCUACAUCAAAUUGUUGUGCAUGGCUGUCACCCCAGGAGGAAGCCUCUUCUGAAGACGGUACGCAAGAAAGCAUGCAAACAGUUUGCUGAAGACAUCUCAACAAAGCACAUGGAUUACUGAAACUAUGUCCUAUGGUCUGAUGAGACGAAGAUCGAUAUGUUUGGUUCCGAUGGUCUCAAGCAUGUGUGGCGGCAACCAGGUGAGGAGUACAAAGAUAAGUUUGUCAUCCCUACAGUCAAGCAUGGUGGUGGGAAUCACCCCCACUCCACCUCUUCAAUCUCUGCAGCAAUGCUGACAGCACUCCUGUAACGAGCCGCAUGACAUUUUGGAGGGAAAAUGACAAGCAGUACUCAAUUUGGACAUUUAGGGAUGUUUGUGCUUGUACGCUACGACGUUCACUUACAUCCUGUGCAUCUCCUCGGGGCUAAACCCCCCCACCCCCUGUUCAUAAAACCAAGUGACGCCCCUGCUUUUUGGGCUUAGUUUUUCUACGGGGCACUACAACUAAAAGAAAAAUCGCACUGCAGCAGAGAAACGCGGAGACUUAACACCGGCGACAUGAUGCAGCUUCAAACCCUCAGAAUCGUUGCCCUUCUCAGUAUACUUUAUCAUCUCUCACUAGCUUUUCCAACCCAAAGCCCUUCUGCACAUGACGACAUCCAGACGCCGCUCUGGGUGAACAUUUCCCACUCGGGUGUCCUUUAUGCCCCGCUUGGCCAAGCCGUCAUCAUCCCCUGCUCAUCGUCCUCAUCGCCUCUCAUGCUGCCGCGGGUCAAGUGGACGCUAGUGUCCGACGAGACUGAAACGCAAAUCUUGGUGGCGCGGGGCGGCAAGGUGAAAAUCAACGAGGCGUACCGAGGCCGGGCCGAUUUGCUCAACUACCGCUCCUCGCCUGAGGAUAUGUCAAUGUGGCUGUUGGACACGCGCUCAAGCGACUCGGGGCACUAUCGCUGUGAGGUGCAGCAAGGCCUGGAAGACACUAGCGACAUUGUCCAACUGAAGGUCAAAGGUGUAGUAUUCCACUACAGGGACGCCAUGGGUCGAUAUGCACUCACCUUCCACAAGGCCCAGAGGGCUUGCAAAACCAUUGGAGCUCAAAUCGCGACUCCUAGUCAGCUUCGGGCGGCAUAUUUUGACGGGUAUGAACAGUGUGAUGCAGGCUGGCUAGAAGACCGAACCGUUAGAUAUCCAAUCCAAAAUCCUCGUGUAGCUUGCUAUGGCGACAUGGAUGGAGAACCAGGUGUGAGGAACUACGGGAGAAUGAAUCCACAGGAACACUUUGAUGUAUAUUGCUAUGUGGAACACAUGGAUGGGGAGGUGUUCCACGACGCUGUUCCACAGCAAUUGUCCUUCGAGGGGGCCCGGGCAUACUGCAGUGCAACAGGAGCGCAGCUGGCUUCUGUAGCGCAGCUUUACCUGGCGUGGAGCGAAGGUCUGGAUAACUGUAGCCCAGGCUGGCUGGCUGACGGCAGCGUACGUUACCCCAUCAGGACCCCCAGAGAACGCUGUGGAGGUCCCCAGGCUGGUGUCAAGACUGUGUAUCGCUUCAACAACCAAACAGUCUUUCCAGAGCCAUCCAGCCUUUAUGACGUAUAUUGUUACAGAGGUAACAGAACUAUACCAACUGACUCUCCCAUGGACAUAACAAGCACACUGGAAUCUAGCACCCUUGAACAAGAUGUUAUCAUCUUAAUGGACAAAGACAAAGAACUGCCACAAGACCAAAGUUCGGAACAAAUUGAACGUGAGGUUCAAAGUGUUCUAGAAACCAUUCCACUAUUCUCAGUUCCUCCUACGGAAGAAACCCCGAUAGAGGAACAGACGACGUUUACAUCUGAUACAUCAGCACCUCCUUUGAGUACCAUGGGUGCUUUAGACUUCCAAGGAUCUUUUGACGACAUAUCCUCUUCUACAGAAAAAGACUAUGACUCUAGGCACAUCACAGGACUGAGAAAUAGUUCUCUCCAAAGCACAGAAACAUAUGUUACCCUUCGAAACAUUUCACUCCAUUCCACCUUUUACAACAGCACAGAUUCAUAUCACAACUUAACUUACUGGCUAUCUGAAGUAGAAAGCACAACAAGGCUAGAAGAGUCUAACGCCACCAAUGGCCAGAACUUAACAGCCGACAUCUCAAACCAGGUCACACAGACACUAGAGAUGAUGACGUCACUGCAGGGUUUGGAUUUGAACAGUACGCACACUGACAUGCAUGAAAAUGAGACCCGAGUAGAGAGUCUAGAAGCUCCUCUUUUGACUAUAGACCCAAUUGAGAAAAGACAGCCUGCAACACCAUUCAUCCCAACAACUGAACCCCCGGAGGAUCUCUCCUCAUUUUGGAUUCCUGUGAGUGGUUCUGGAGAUACUUCUCAAGAAAGUCGCAAAGAAGUUGCUGUUUUCAAAUUCAGUCCCGAAUCAGAGUCCCCAACACACCAGACAGUUUCUACCUCAACCGGCCAUGCUCCACCAGAGUCUUUCACAACCAUCCGAGAUCAAACCGCAGAAAUAACAAAGCAUUCUGCCAGUCUCGCCUCGGACAAUGUCUCAACACAUCUGCGCCUCUGGGAGUCUGUUUCUGUACAGGAGGGAAGCACCAGUUUGGAAAUUGAAGAUAACAUGGAGAGUGAUGAAAAGCAGCCCCUUCCAACCAGACCUACUCGUUUUUGGGUAAGCUCACCCUCCACCGAAGCUCCCGAGACGUCCAACGAGUUGCCUACAGAUCCGAUGACAGUACUGUAUCAGCCAUCAGGUAAUGGACACCUCUUUGACAGCGCCACAGUCAGCUAUGAGGAGGCAAGUGGACUCGAACCCAAUGUAGUCCCAGCACUGACUCGGGAGAGCAUUGGUUUUAACUCAACCACCAAACAGAGGAUUGAUGAAGAUGCCAUUGAAGAAAAAACUUUGGUUUCCCAAAGUGUUAUACGGAAUUAUUCUCCCAACAGAAAUGUUGGCAAUGAAACAAAUGUUGGUAUAAUUCCUGAAGAAACAGAUACAUUUACCCCAAAUCCCACAGAAGGAGAUGAAGAAACAACAUUUGAAAAGGAAACUAAAACUACGCAAAGUCCAAUUGAAGGAGCAACCACACCACUCACAAUCCAAGAUAACCUUAAAGCAACGCUCAAAUCAGAGGAAGCAGUUACAGUCAUGGCAAUAUUUGAAGAAGAAGCUAUAGCAUCGCUAAACACUACGGAAACUAAAGUUACACCAAUAAUUAAAGAGAAGGCCGAAGUGACUGUUACCCAAAAAGAAGGGUCUCAAGUUACUCCGUUAUUUAAAGAAGCUAAAGCUACGCUUACCCCAGGAGAUGAAAAUUUAGAUAUACCUAUAUUUAUAGAAGAGGCCAAAGCUACAGUAACCCCAAAAGAAGGAUCAACUGUAACACAAAUGUAUGAAGAGACCACAACUACAAUAAGUUGGAAAGAUGAAGCUAAAAUUAUACCAAUUUUGAAAGAAGAUCAAAAAGAUACCAUAACCCAUAAAGAAGACUCUGCAUUAACACAGAUGUUUGAAUUCACUACUACUACUACUCCAGACCCUGAAAAAUCAAGUGGUGUUACACCGAUAUUUGAAGAAGAGGCUAAAGCUAUGUUAAACCUUGAAAACGUAAAACAAAGAUUCAAGGAGGAAGUUGUGCCAUCCACAAAAGAAGGUUCUACUGCAACACAGGCAUUUGAAUUUGAGACUACAGCUACAGUAGACCCUGAAGAAUCAACUGAUAUUGAACCAAUAUAUAAAGAAGUCGCUAAAGUUAUGUUAAACCUUGAAAAGGGCGGACAAAGAUUUGACGAGGAACCUACUAUGACCCCAAACACUGACAGGACUACAACACCAGCGGAUGACAAGGAGACUACAAGGAUAUUUGAAAAAGAAGAUAAAGUCAUCCCAAUCUUUAGAGAACAUGUUACACCACCUUUUCAAGAGAAUCCAAUUACAAACUCCAAGGUAGAAGCCGAAGAAAUGACGACAUCGCUCGACGACAGCACUUCCACCGGCCCGGCAUUUGACGACGACAUCACCAUUUUACCCUUUAAUUCUGAGCUGUCUAAGUGGGAUCUCCUGACCACCACCACCACUAGACCCCAAGAAUCUCUCAAGGAUUUGGAGCUCAGCACCAGAUCCUCGUCCAGCUCAACCACAAUCAAGACAACCACGUGGCGGUCCUGGAUUUCACCGACCACGACCACUCCCAACAUCUUCCACCGGAUAACUGAUCCCUGGAAAUCGACUACUUUGGAACCAGAGUAUGACUCUACCCAGGCUCCUUCUGGCCAAGUUUUGCCCAACGAGAGGGUAGCAGCAGCAGCCGGUAAAGUGAAAGUUGCAGAUGCUUGCUUUAAUGAGCCAUGCCUCAAUGGGGGCACUUGCAUGGAGCAGGAGGGCCAAAUUCAGUGCCUCUGCCUACCCACCUAUGGGGGCAACCUCUGCGAACAGGACCUUGAGACUUGCGAGCCAGGCUGGGACAAGUUCCACGGCUUCUGCUACCGCCACUUCGGCCAGCGUCUGAGCUGGGAGGUGGCCGAACAGCACUGCCGCAUGCAGGGUGCCCACCUGGCCUCUAUUAUGACCCCUGAGGAGCAGACCUACAUCAACAGCAACUACAAAGAAUACCAGUGGACCGGCUUGAACGAUAAGACCAUUGAGAAUGAUUUUAGGUGGUCUGAUGGUAACCCGUUGUUGUACGAGAACUGGUACCGAGGGCAGCCGGACAGCUACUUCCUAUCUGGCGAAGACUGUGUGGUAAUGGUAUGGCACGACGACGGCCGUUGGAGCGACGUGCCCUGCAACUAUCAUCUGGCCUACACAUGCAAAAAAGGCACAUCCUCGUGCGGCCCCCCGCCUAAGGUACGGAACGCCUCCAUGUUUGGGAAGCCUCGGCAGCGCUACGAGACAGACGCCGUGGUUCGUUAUCACUGUAAUCGGGGCUUUCAACAAAGACUGAAUCCGCUGAUUCGCUGUCUGUCUGGGGGGAUAUGGGAAAGACCCCAAAUUCGGUGCAUCUCAGAGUAUGGAGUUCUGAACCCAGACGCUGAAAUGGUUUCUUCUACGGAAAGCAACUUGGCCGCCCAUCAAGAUGGUUUUGAAACCACCACAGACACGCCACUUUACUGGGACAUCAAGUUUUAAAAGCACCCCUCACUUCUACCUAUACAUAUUACAUUCUACUGUCGUUCCUUGACAAGGUGAAAAAUACGCUUUUACCGAUUAGUGUUGCACAUGUGUCAAUCUGUUUGGUUCCAUUUCUUCUAUAAAGUACAUCGCAGAAUGGUGCUAAUACAUUCAGUCUUACAUGCUCAUGUUUUCUGUCCGUCCAGAUAUAAGAGUGUAAAGUAACAUACCCGCUUUUUCAGAAACAAUCCCGCGUACGUUUUCGGAGACGCAGUUUUGUUCGUCAGCUUUAUGUUGUAAUAAAGUUUUGUAGAACAGAGCAAAGAAUAAAAUGUUCUCUUAUUCCAG